AUGGUUGUAGAGGCAACAGAAUUGCCUGAAGGACGUCAGCUUAUCGACAAGCUAUCUUUUGAGGCUUUUAAGUCUGGCUCUGAAGUUGAGGUGAAACAAUAUUUGUUUGGGUAUAGGAGAAGAGACAAUGAUCUCUACCAAUUCAUUGAAAAAAUAUUCUACCAUCCUCUGUUUAAGUCCAUUAUGAUCAGCACCAUCACGCUCAAUGCAAUCUUUUUGGCGAUAGAAACGGAUUAUAAAGCUCGCUAUGAGUCCCAUUUCUUCCUGGAGGUAUCGGAUCUGAUUAUUCUGGCCAUCUAUUCAGCAGAGUUUCUGAUGAACCUUUAUCUGGACCCCAUAAAUUACUGGAAGGAUGGUUAUAAACAGUAUGAUUUUGCUGUCCUCCUCAUUGCUUACCUCCCAUACACCAUCGACAGAAGCAACCCCAAAAUGCACCAUGUGGCCACUGUGCUGAAAGGCUUCCAGGCAUUCCGGGUUCUCAAACUGAUCUACUACAGUCCAGGCAUGACAAUUCUGAUGGCAGCUUUGGCCAAGACUAUGAAGAACGUCAUCAAUGUGCUUGUCUUGUUGUUCUUGUUAAUAUUUAUCUUUGCAAUUUUGGGCCACGGUUUGUACAGAGACCCUGAGAAUGGAGACCCUCAGAACUGGGGCACUUUAGCAGCUGCCUUCUUCACUCUCUUCAGCUUAGUAACGGUUGAUGGCUGGACAGACUUGCAGGAGGAACUGGAUAACAAACAAAUUGUUACAAGCCGGACAUUCACAAUAGUGUUCAUUCUGCUGGGAUUUUUUGUGUUUUUCAACAUGUUUAUUGGAGUUGUCAUUAUGGAAAUUCAGCAUUCAACAGAGCAAUAUGAGCAGAAGCUGAAAACGGAGAGGAAGGCUGCUCUGCUUGCCAAGAAGCAGGCCAUCUUAAAGAGGCAACAAGAAGAAUUAAAAGAAUUGCUCCUUCAGCAGAAAUCGACUGAAUAUCAAACUUUUGAUGAACUGGUGGAAGACUUUAAAAAAACCCUGCUCCAUUCAGAUCCCGUGAUCUUAGAAGAAUUCUGUGCCAGCUUGCCAUUCAUUGAUCUUUAUUUGACAUCUCUGGACCGCCAAGAUGCCACAGUAUAUAAGCUGCAAGAGCUCUAUUACGAAAUCGUUGCCACUUUGACAACCCUGCUGCAGGAAUCGCAACAAAGGUCUUUACAAUCCUUGCAGUCUUUCAGGGCCAAAUCUGGGUCAUCCAUUAUUUUGAAUAAAAACAAGAGUUUCAUUUAUUUAAAAGAGUGGAGGUGA